AUGGACAUGGAUGAGCUAGAGUUUGAAUCAGACUCCGAAGUCGGCGAGGACAUGGAUUUAGAUAGAAUCCCUGAGGAUCAGGAGGAAGACUCCGAUGAAGAGCUGCGGGUGGCUAUUGCGACGGGUCUUAUUCAGCCUGGCUCCAAAAUCACCAUCUCUGGUCAAAAGAAUAAGCGCCCAGACAUCAACAACGUUGAGGCGAUCCAACAGAAGCUCACUGCUCUCAAGAACAAAUUGGAUUGGACCGAGAGGCUGGAUCUCACGAUUGAGAUGCCGGUAGAGGAAGGCGAAGACGGCGUAAAUCCACUUCUAAAAGACGAUUUCGCAAGGGAAGAUCAUUUCCAAAAAGUAGCGACAGAAGGCGCACGAAUCGGAGUUAUCAGGUCGAAACGAGCGGGUUUACCUCUCUUGAGGCCGAAAGAUUACUUCGCGGAAAUGGCGAAAAGUGACGAGCACAUGGGCAAAGUGAAGGCUAAUUUGUUGUCGCAGAAGUCGAAGAUUGAAAAGCGCGACAAGAUUCGUCAAAUGAGACAGCAGAAGAAAUUCGCCAAGGACGUACAAAAGCAGGCCAAGGUUAAGAAGCAAGAAGAAAGAAAGAUUGCCAAGGAGGAAAUCAAAAUGAUCAAGAAGAAGGGCGAAGCUGGCAUCGCAGAUUUUAACAAGGUCAAAAAAGACCCGAUGAAGAAGGGAAAGAAAUUUUCGAAACGAGAAAUGAAGAAUGCUAAAUUUGGAUUUGGGGGAAAGAAAGACAAAAGAAACGACGCAGAAUCGCAUUUUGGUGGACCACGAAAGCGGGGACCAGGAGCGAAGGGUGUGCGAAAGCCACAGAAAAGACUCGGGAAAUCGCGUCGACAAGCUGCCAAAUGA